CGCCCCCCCGCGGCCGCGGCCGGCCCAUGAGUCCCGGCCAUGGAGCCCCGCGCCGCAGGCUCGGCGGGCACCGGCUACAACGAGGCCCUGCUGCACAAGACCAUCCUGGUUGGAGACAGCGGUGUGGGGAAGACGUCUCUGCUGGUCCAGUUUGACCAGGGCAAGUUCAUUCCAGGCUCCUUCUCUGCCACCGUGGGCAUUGGGUUUACGGUGAUGUUACUCGGAGACUCAGGCGUGGGGAAAACCUGCUUCCUGCUCCAGUUCAAAGACGGGGCCUUUCUCUCCGGGACGUUCAUAGCCACCGUGGGCAUAGAUUUCCGGAACAAGGUGGUGGCUGUGGAUGGGGUGAAGGUGAAGCUGCAGCAGAUCUGGGACACAGCAGGACAGGAGCGGUUCCGCAGUGUGACCCAUGCCUACUACAGGGAUGCCCAAGCCCUACUCCUGCUCUACGACAUCACCAGCAAAAUGUCCUUCGACAACAUCCGCGCCUGGCUGACAGAGAUCCACGAGUAUGCCCAGAAGGACGUGGUCAUCAUGCUGCUGGGCAAUAAGGCCGACGUGAGCAGUGAGAGAAUGGUGAGGACAGAGGAUGGAGCCUCACUGGCCAGGGAAUAUGGGGUGCCCUUCAUGGAGACGAGCGCCAAGACCGGCAUGAAUGUGGAGCUGGCCUUCCUGGCCAUCGCCCGGGAGCUGAAGCAGAGAGCGAUGCAGCUGCCAGACGAGCCCCGCUUCCAGAUCCACGACUACAUCGAGGCGCAGCAGAAGAGAUCCGGCUGCUGCGCCUUCGUUUGAUGGGGACAGGAGCAACGCCCCACGGCGGGCUGGGAGGAGCAGGGCCGGAUCCUGCCUACGAUGGAACAGAGGGUCACGGCUCUGCUCCUGCAGGGCUCUGAGCAGGAUCGGAUCCUGUUGCCGUGUGGGGCUGUGCCAGGAUCACCCCGAGUGCCCCAACCACGCUGUCGGCAUCAGCCCAGCCGAUCACCGGGGGUCACGGUGAUGCCACCGCUGCCCCAGCAGGACGCAGGGUGCAGGAUGCAGACCCGGCGCCUGGCUCCUCCCCUGCUGUGCACUCCAUGCUGCACUCCUCGGCCACACAGGCCCUGAUCCGCCCCGCUGCCCUCUGCAGAGCCGCUCGCUGAGCGGCGCCCCUCACCGCCACGUGCUGCGGUGUCCCUGCCUGUCCGCCCCGCUGCAGUUGGCACCACAACAUGCAGACACCCCCGGAGCACCCGGUGAUCGCCGAGGGCACUUCCAGUACACGCAGCACUUUGGAAAAGCUUUGCUUUCCCCCUCUUGCAGCUGAAGCUUUUCUAUUGUUAUUUACUUCCCUUUGAGGGGAAAGCUUUUUUCUUUCCGGAUGGGGCUGAAGCGGCCCACGGGUCGCACCCUCGGGCGCUGUGCUGCACAGGGUGCGGAGACAAGGAAUAUUCGGGUGUGCUGCUCAAGAUGCCAAGGGCAGCUGCAGAGGGCACAACUCUGAUGCACUUGGGGUUAAUCGAGCACAUCCAUCCCCACGAGGACCCUCCCUGCCCCGCAGCCCCCUUCACCCCUGCGCUCCCCUCGGAUCUUUCUUUGCAAGUGUACAGAUUAAAGCUGGAUAUUUUCAAGGCUUUGCAUCUGCCUGGUUUUUCUCUGCGUGAGAAAUCCCUGCCCCGGGCCCUCCACGUGGGAGGCUGUACAGCACGGCAGGGAGCGGGAUGUGGGGCAUGCAGCGGGGGAAGAGCCCACAGCCCCCUCCUCCUCCCAGCGCUUGGCUGCGCAUUUCAGACAGUCCAAAGGUGAGAGGGGAAGAAUAAACACGGCCUGUUAAAUUAAAACCAACCUCCUCCCCUGCUGCUCUCAUAGUGCGGAGUCCAGCAUUCCCCAAAUAACUCUGUCUUCCCACCAAUGGCAUUGCUGCUGCCUCUCGGCUGAUGUCUGCAAAAAAUGCUGGAGAGCUUCAGCACAAGCAGCCGUUGGCUCUGCGCUGUUUCCCACCCCUCAGCCCGGGCUCUCCCAGCGCUGCAGGAGCUCUGCAGGCUCCUGCCAGGAUUCGGCCGUGCUCUGCCGGGCGCAGAUGGAGUCCGAGCGGGACUCAAAAGCAGCGCUGUCUGUUUCCUUUUCUGCUGCGUUCGUUCCUUAUCGCAGCCCCACGCUGCAACCACCCCUAUCGGGGCCGGGGUUUGUUUCCUGAACGAGAGGAGCGUUCCCCAAAAGCGCACCCUCCCUCCCCUCUCCGAACGAAACGGGAGCGUUUCUCUGCAGCCCAAGGGGCCGCGCCGGGCUGACGGCUGCGCGAUGCCACGGACUCGCCCUGGUUUUCUCCGCAAGCGUCUGCUGCCGCCGUGGGAUUCGUCUCGGCUGCGUUUCUCAGGGCUGAGCGGCAGCGGGGUGAAUGCUCAGCGGAGCGGAGGCAGCGGCUGAGCCCCCCUCACCCCCCCGCUCCGCCCGCCGCUUCCCAGUCCCCUGCCACGUGCUGCGGUCGGGGCUCGCUAUGGAUGCCCCCGCUGCCCCCCGCUCGGUUCGGACACGGCUCAUCGCGACGCCAUCCGCCCCGCAGCCCUCCGGCCGGCGGGAAAAGACCGAGGGCAGCACCGCCCUCCCCGCUCGCAGCGCCCGCAGCCCCGGCUCGCCCCGCCCGACCCCGCAGCCCCGCGCUUCGCACUGCCGCGACCUCCCGUGACCUCCCGCCGCUUCUGCUUGCGGACUGAGCCGCAGUCCCGGGGUUUCCCCGGCUCCCGGCCCGCGCCAGCAGCCCCAGCGGUGCCCGCAGUCGGUGCCGGGCCGGGCCGGGGCCGCUCGGAGCGGUCGGGCCGCGCUCCCGCUUCCGCCGCGCAGCGAUCCCGGAGCGCUCGGCCCCCCGCGCUGCUUCCCCACCCGCGCUCGGCUCUCCCAUCCGCUCGCUCCCCGCACGCUUUCAGCACCGGCUUUGGAGAAACCGCGAGGCGCGGCAGCGGCGUUAGCGAUGCUGGGCGGGGCGGGGGGACGCGGGGCGACACGCGGGAACGUUGCGGCUCCGCUGCCCCCGCGGUGCCCGCGCCCUCGGGGCCGCGUUUCCAAAACCCCGCCCACCCUCUAUUUGCAUAACAACGC